AUGGCGGAUGUUGCGUAUAUCAGAAUGGACGAUGCCACACUGAAAAUGCGCCUUGCCAUGGACGAUCGGCAAAUCAAGAAUCUACAAAAGAAGGCCAGCGCAUGGAUGUCCAACUUGUCCAAUGAACCUAUCGAAACAGCCCAAUACUCGUACGAGACCAUGCUGCUGUUUCUUGCAAGUUAUCAGACAUCGAUAGAACGUCAUCCACUUUUGCAACAAGCCAACGCCGAAGAUGUGGAGGGUUAUGGUGUCAUUGGUGAUCAAACAGCCAAACAAGUUGGAUCUACUGCUGAACAAAUCGCAUCUCUCAAGGAUGAACUCAAGGAAGCACAGCGGAUACGUAACAACAAGCUCGAGUACGAUGUAGUUGCUCGUGAGAUUAUGCAGUUGGAAGAAAGAGCAACGUAUCAUGAUUCAAUCCGACAACUACAAGAAGACAUUGAAAUGUUGAAGCGGGAGAAGGCAAAGAAGGAUGAAGCUUUUGAAGAGAGGAAACGCAACUUUUCAGGAUUCAUUAGCAACAUCAAGGAACUACAACAAACCAUCGAGCGUGAACGUGCUGAAGGACAUGAAAUGCAAAAGAUGCUCAUGGAUAUGGAUCGUGGAUAUGAAUCAUCGGAUGAGGAGAACGAGAAUGACAACGAGAACACACCAAGUCAAUCCGCUGACGUAUUAACCAAUGGAGCAACAUCACAUCGCUUCAACGAAAGGAACGAGGAUGAAGACGAGGAUGAAGAAGGCAUGGUGCUCGAUAGUGAAGAAGUCGUUGUUAGUGGUACCCAUUGA